AGAGAUAACAACUACACAGGUUGAUAAAUGUACUAAUAGUGUGUGUGCGUGUGCGUGUGCGUUUGUGUGUGUGUGUGUGUAUCAUUAAUACUCCUGUUUGUUGGUUUGGUGAAAGUCACGUGACCUCAGGUCAAGUUUUCAGCUGCUAAAAUUAACCCUUCACUUCAUUGGCUGCACGACCGACACACACAGCCUUCUACGGUAUCAUCUGUGUGUGUGUGUGUGUGUGUGUGUUCAUGUUCAUUCAGAGCAGUGAUCAGUAGAAGAAACAAGCAGCACGCAUCUGAUGGAACAGAUCCACAGCAGGUCAGCCUGAUGUCCGUCUCUCAGAUCACACCCACCCUCUUCCUGGGCGGGGCCGAUGCCCCCCUCAACGCCUCGCUGAUGACACAGAAGGGCAUCACCCUGAUAGUCAACGCCACCAUCAACCACGCCUGCCCCGCCUACCCGGGGGUGGAGUGUGUGCGGGUCCCAGUCUCUGACCUGCCCAGCGCUCGACUCGGAGACCACUUUGACAGGGUGGCCGAGCGCAUCCAUGGCAACCAUGCAGGCGGCACGCUGGUGCACUGUGCUGCGGGCAUGAGCCGCUCGCCGGCGCUCGUGAUGGCGUACCUGAUGCGUUUCAGAGGAGUGACGCUGUGCCAGGCUCACCGCUGGGUGCAGGACAGACGGCCGUACGUACGCCUGAACGCCGGCUUCUGGGAGCAGCUGCUGCAGUACGAGAGGAAGCUGUACGGGAAGAACACCGUCAGGGUGGCGGCGCCGGAGGAACCGCCGCCACUCACACCGAGGACGCAGAGGUGGAUGAGGGCAGCGCCACCGCAGACCAACUGGUUCACGCAGGUUCAGAGGUCACCCGUGAUGGGUCGGGCUUCUCUGAUGUCACGCUCGCAGGCGAUGACGCCGACAACCCAGAGAAGAAGAGGAACCAAAUCCAGCAGCUUCAAAUUCUGAGCACGGAUCAAGACUACAUUACCCACAAUCCACCUGGACCACUGACUGACAACACUCUGACCUCUACAGGUGUGUGUAACCUCCCUGCACACGCCAUGCUGAAAUACACUCUGCUGAUAACACCUCGGGACCCGCCCACUCCUGAAGACAAACAGGAAGUUAUCAAUGAGCCACUGACCAAUAGGAAGCCCUCCUGACGCAGCUGAGCUGUGACAGGGUUCAACCUGAUGCACCUGAUGUUGGUCCUCUCUGCUGUGACCCUCUCUUUAUGUGGUCCUUCUCUCUGGGGGUCCACAGCUCGUCCCUCUGCUUAGAGAAACAGAGCUUAUGGUGCUGAGGGUGGACCAGGUCUCUGACCUCUGAAUCAGACUCAGAUCUUUCUGUGUGGUCUCAAGUUUUCAAAGUAGAUAAUUGAAACACUGGACCACUGGAUCACUGGAUCACUGAACCACUGGAUCACUGAACCACUGGAUCACUGAACCACUGGAUCACUGAACCUCUGGAUCAAUGGACCACUUGAUCACUGGACCACUGAACCACUGGACCACUGAACCACUGGAUCACUGAACCGCUGGAUCACUGAACCGCUGGAUCAAUGGACCACUUGAUCACUGAACCACUGGAUCACUGAACCACUGGACUGCUGGAUCACUGAACCACUGGAUCACUGAACCACUGGAUCACUGAACCAUUGGAUCAAUGGACCACUUGAUCACUGAACCACUGGACCACUGAACCACUGGAUCACUGAACCGCUGGAUCACUAAACCACUGGAUCACUGAACUGCUGGAUCACUGGACCACUUGAUCACUGAACCACUGGAUCACUGAACCACUGGAUCACUGAACCGCUGGAUCAAUUGACCACUUGAUCACUGAACCACUGGAUCACUGAACCACUGGACUGCUGGAUCACUGAACCACUGGAUCACGCAACCACUGGAUCACUGAUCCACUGGAUUGCUUUACCACUGGAUGACUGGAUAAUUGAAACACUGGAUCGCUGGAUCAAUGAACCACUGGAUCACUGGAUCACUGGAUAAUCGAAACACUGGAACACUGGAUCACUGAACCACUGGAUCAAUGAACCACUGGAUCAUUGAACCACUGGAUCACUGAACCACUGGAUCACUGAACCACUGGAUCACUGAACCACUGGAUCACUGAACCACUGGAUCACUGAACCGCUGGAUCAAUGGACCACUUGAUCACUGAACCACUGGAUCACUGAACCACUGGAUCACUGAACCACUGGAUAAUUGAAACACUGGAUCACUGGA